GGCAGCUCUCAGUAUUUACAGCGCGCUGCUGCUGUCACAGGGCGGCGAUGAGCUGGUUAAUGUUUACUCUGACCUCAAGUCGCCAAUGGCCGAGUGUUUUUACUAAACUAACCCGCUGCUAUCUGUCUUCAGACAGCCGUACAGGUAAAAUGGCCGCAGACUGGCUGUCCCCGUCGGAGCGGGAGCAGUUCCUCCUGGAGCUGAAGGCCACUGGCUGGGUGGAGGUGGAUGAGCGUGACGCUCUUUACAAGGAGCUGCACUUCAAAACCUUCAACCAGGCGUUCGGCUUCAUGUGUCGCGUGGCUCUGCAGGCAGAGAAGAUGGACCAUCAUCCGGAGUGGUUCAAUGUUUAUAACAAGGUCCAGAUCACUUUAUCCACACAUGACUGUGGAGGACUGUCAAAGAAGGAUAUUCGACUGGCCAAGUUCAUUGAUAAGGUUGCUCUGUCCCUGUAGCAGAUCUUCCUUGUGGAAGCGACAUUUAUUUUCAAUAUAUUCCAAAUGUUUUGUAUUGUAUUCCCAAAAAAGGGAAAUAAGUGAGCUUGUUAAUUCAUACAGUUGUGCAUUUAAAAUCAUGGUUCUGGUAAAAGCAUAUUAAAAAGAGUGUAGAUCAAUUUCAUAUUCAUUUAAUGUCUGAUUCAAUGUUUAAAUCCUCUGUUUAGGUGCAUUUUUACAUAUAAAAAUAUGUGCAUAAGUCAAGUCACCUUUAUUUUUAUACAGAUUGUUUCAAAGCAGCAUUACAGGGAUAAACAGGAAAAUAAUGAUUCAGUGAUGCAAACAGAGUUUUUUGAAGAGUUUGUUUCAAAUUUAAUUUUUUUAAAGAUGUCAAGGUUAAUUCGCAUUAGACAUUUUAGCAAAUGUACUGAGAAUAAUUGAUAAUUAAGUUAAUGAUUGAAUAAUAGAAUUGAUAAUUUAGUGCAAUUUAACACAGUUUAGAACUCAAUUAAUUUGUAAUUAUAACAUUUCAUUCUGUUCCUUCUGACUUAUAAUUUCAAAGUUUACAUCAUUUAAACAAGACUACACUUUAAAAUCAUAAAAUGAAUAAAAUUUCAGUUAACCAUUAUUCAACAUUUAUUUUGUUUGCUGUGUGAUACAUGAGGAAUUUUAUAAUUGUGCUUUGGCUCAAAAAGUGACCAUAAAACACACCACAAAAUAAUCAUAAAGGUAUUUUAUUUGUGAACUGUAAUCCAGAUCUUCAGAAUCCAUGUAACUGCUUUGAGGAACACACAGAAAUUCAAGUCUUUAUUCCUUGAUGUUCGUCUCCAUCCAGUCAAAUGUCACACUUGUUAAAAAUUCAAACUUUGUGCAUCAGGAAGCAUUACAACAAAGGUUUUACAUCAGUGAUAUCAAAUGCUCAUUCAGCCUCGCCUGUUUCAUGACCGAUUGCAUUCAUUUUUUCAUCACUUUAAAGUUUAUUUUGUGCAUUCAUUUUCACAAUAAAUAAUAAAAUUACUAGUUUGAA